UUCAUCGGCCUGGCCGCAGGAGACCCACGUCCUCCUCCUGCGCUCCUGGACCACCCUAAUCCUCUCCAUUCUCCUUCCUGCCCCGAACACGCGAAGGAACUCUUCUCCGUGUCCUCUUCCAAUGGCGCUCGCCUCCACCACCGCCUCCCGCCUCAUCAGCCGCCGCCUCCCGCCUCCUUCUCCUCCCCCCGCCGCCGCACCCUACGCCGCCGCGCUGCGAGGAGGAGCCUGCUGGGCAAGGCCGCGCGGGUACCUGUCGGUGCGCUGGGAGGCCAGGCCAAAGGCUCUCAUGGGGGGGUUGUCCGACGCCGACGACGAUGACGAGGAGGUGGACGGCCGUGGCGUGCUGAGCGGGGCCCCGUCGCUGCAGCAGGACGUCUUCGAACUCGCCGUCGCUUCCUCCUCCGGGCCCGAGCGCUGGGACGUGCUCGGCCUCGGCCAGGCCAUGGUUGACUUCUCUGGCAUGGUGGAUGAUGAAUUCCUCGAGAGAUUGGGCAUAGAGAAGGGUACGAGGACACUUGUGAACCAUGAGGAGAGAGGACGGGUCUUGCGUGCCAUGGAUGGUUGCACCUACAAGGCUGCCGCGGGAGGCUCACUGUCUAACUCACUUGUGGCUCUCUCUAGGCUUGGUAGUAGUCAGAUCACUAGUUACCCGGAGCUUAGAAUUGCAAUGGCUGGCAGUGUGGGCAGCGAUCCGCUUGGUAGUUUCUACAGGCAAAAACUGCAGCGUGCUAAUGUGCAAUUCUUGUCCAAGCCAGUCAAGGAUGGGACUACCGGGACUGUGAUUGUUCUAACAACUCCAGAUGCGCAGCGUACUAUGCUUGCAUACCAGGGUACCUCUUCAACUUUGGCUUAUGAUUCAGACUUGGCUGAUACAGUAUCCAAGUCAAAUAUACUAGUUGUGGAAGGCUACCUAUUUGAGUUUGCUCACACGAUUGAAGCCAUCAAGCAGGCUUGUGAAGAUGCUAAGAAGAAUGGUGCACUUAUUGCUGUUUCGGCAUCAGAUGUGUCAUGCAUAAAGCGCUGCCACAGUGAUUUUUGGGAUAUCGUAGGAAACUAUGCAGACAUAUUAUUCGCCAAUGCCAACGAAGCAAGGGCUUUCUGCGAGCUAACCUCGGAAGAGAGCACCAUGUCAGCAGCGAGAUACUUAAGCCAUUCCAUUCCUCUGGUAUCCGUUACAGAUGGUAAUCACGGCUCCUACAUUGGGGUGAAAGGUGAAGCAAUAUACAUCCCACCACCGUCGUGUAUACCUGUUGAUACCUGUGGAGCUGGUGAUGCAUAUGCUUCAGGGAUUCUGUACGGUAUUGUACGAGGAGCGUCCGACUUGAAGGGCAUUGGCCUCCUGGCUGCACGUGUAGCUGCUGUUGUAGUUGGGCAGCAAGGCACGCGCCUACGAGUUAAGGAUGCCGACAGAUUGGCUGAGUUGUUUGAGUCCCACCUUGAUAACUUGGAGGUUUGUUCAGAUGCUGAAACAGAUCAGGUUUCAAACUUCUGAUUAUUUUUCUUCCUCAAGUCCAAGUCCUCAGCUAGCAGCAGCGGCGAUGGAGAUUUUUGAGGGCCAAAGUGGGUCAUUGCGCCCUUCUCAAGAAGAUUUCUGAAGCAAGUACUUGGUUUUGUCACCCAGGUUCUAUCUAUGCUGAAGUAGCCCCUCCUUUCAAAGCAUAGCAAGUAAAUUUCAUCAGAUUGCCCCUUCAAGCUCUGCCAUCGCGAGUCCUAGGCAUAUUCAUUUGUAUAUAGCAUCUCAUUCCUUUAGGCCUAGGCCUUUUGUUACUUUUACCAGAAGGAUUUCAAAGAAACAGAUCAUCAUAGGGAAGAAAGUGAUGCAAACCCUUACCAUAUGUUUGGCCGAGAUGCAAACUCUAAUAAGGGGAAAUACCAUCUUGCUCUGGAAUGUGAAUAAACUCUUUCGGCAAGACCUGUGGUCCAUUGAAUUCGCACUCAGGGGAUAUGCUAUCAAAUUGUAAUGUGAUCAUCCGACUUUGUUGGAUGGUAUUCGA